AACAUCAUCAUCCUCACCCUCAUCUCCAUCUCCAAAAACACAACAAUGCCACCCCCAGCCGACCCCUACCCGCAAGCCCGCGCCGACCUCCUCACCCUCCUCCACACAACCCGCACCCUCUACUCCUCCUAUCAGCGCAUCCUCACCACAACCACCACCACCCGAUCCCCCAACACCACAACCCCCGAACUCACCUCCGCCCGCACCGACCUCUCGUCCCACCUCGCCGACCUCACCAGCGACCUACACGACCUCCUCGCCUCCGUGUCCGCCGUCGAGCAAGCCCCCGCACGGUAUGGCAUCGCGCCCGAUGAACUCGCCCGACGGCGCGAGUUCGUGCGGCGCGUCGGGCUUGAGGUCGACGGGAUGCAGGAUGGGAUUUCUGGUACCGGUGGUGUAGGGAGUAGUAGUAACCUGCCCGACCCGUCGUCCUUUGACCGCGAGGACGAAGACGCAGAUGGAGACGCAUACGAAGGCUUCGAACAAGAGCAACAGCUAGAAAUUAUGCAAGCGCAGGAUAGCACGCUGGACUCGGUGUUCCACACGGUGGGUACGCUGCGGCAGCAGGCUGAUUCGAUGGGUCGGGAGCUGGAGGAGCAGCGGGGGAUGUUGGAGGAGGUCGAGGUUGUGGCUGAUCGGGUGGGUGGGAAGUUGGCGAGUGGGUUGGAGCGGGUCGGGUGGGUGAUUCGGCAUAAUGAGGAUCGCUGGUCGAGUUGUUGUAUAGGACUGCUCAUCGCCGUGUUGAUUGUCUUGCUGGUCUUGCUCUUGGUUCUCUGAGCCAGCAGCAAGCACAUCGAACGCAACACUCGACAGCAUUACAACUUUUAACACAAGUAUUACUCAAACUCGAACUUCCAUGAUACCCACCUACGCACCGCACGAUAGGCACCACUACCAUAAGCCAAGAAUUCGAUUCUCCCAACCCAUCAAUCGUUCGCUCGACAUACACAUGCCCAACAGCAGCAGCGAUGAUG